GUAUCGUAUCCUGGUGAAUCUCCUCCUGGACACACUGCCCAUGCUGGGAAACGUCCUCCUGCUUUGUUUCUUCGUCUUCUUCAUAUUCGGCAUCAUCGGAGUGCAGCUGUGGGCGGGAUUACUGAGGAACCGAUGCUACCUCGAGGAAAACUUCACCCUUUCGUCAGGUCUGACCCUACCCGCCCCUUACUACCAGCCGGAGGAGGAUGACGAGCGCCCCUUCAUCUGCUCUCUGGCCCAGGAUAACGGGAUCAUGUCGUGUGGUGACGUCCCGGCCCGGAGGGAGGGGGGAAGGACCUGCUGUCUGGACAGGGAGGAUGCCUACCACCGCCAGUCCCUGGGGCUCAUCCCUGAACCACUAGUCAACAGUUCAGCCAGUGCAGUGGGUCUCUGUAUCAACUGGAACCAGUACUAUACUAGAUGCCAUACUGGACAUAAUAAUCCACACAAGGGGGCGAUCAACUUCGAUAACAUCGUAUACGCCUGGAUUGUUAUCUUCCAGGUGAUCACCCUGGAAGGCUGGGUAGAGAUCAUGUACUAUGUAAUGGAUGCUCACUCCUUCUACAACUUCAUCUACUUCAUCUUCCUCAUCAUCAUUGGCUCGUUCUUCAUGAUCAACCUCUGUCUGGUGGUCAUCGCCACCCAGUUCAGUGAGACCAAGCAGCGGGAGCACCAGCUGAUGCAGGAGCAGCGGGCCCAGUGCCUGUCCUCCUCUACCCUGGCCAGCCUGCAUGAACCGGGGGACUGCUACGAAGAGCUCUUCCAGCUGGUCUGCCACAUACUGCGCAAGGCCCGCAGGAGGUCUGUAGCCCUGUAUAACCAACUGAGAGGAAGGCCUCUGCCACCACCGCCCACUAGAGGGAGAGGAAGAGGAGGAGGAAGAGGAGGAGGGAGUGCGAACGGAGGGGAAAGGCAUCACCUGAGGCAGCCACGCCAAUCUCCCUGUCCUCACCAAAGCAAGCUGGACCUAGUCCACAGCUCCCAACCCCUGGGCAACUCCAUCGCCCUGGCCGUCCCUCAAAACACAGAGGACUGCCCUCAGUGCGCUGCGGCACUGUCACUCAGGGAGGGGGCGGGAGCUGUGGGCGACUCGGCCAAUGGGGAAGAGGAGGAGGGGGCUGUGGAGGAGACGGACAGGGAGGAGAACCACUUGGAGGAGAAAGUGGAAGAGGGGGAGGGAGUGAAGAAGAAGAGGAAGAGGAGGUCGUGUUUUGGACACUGUAAGGACAUGUGGGAUGAGAUGAGGAAGAAACUUUGGGGCAUCGUGGAGAGCAAAUACUUCAAUAGAGGAAUCAUGAUCGCUAUUCUCAUCAAUACUAUCAGCAUGGGGAUAGAACAUCACAACCAGCCGGAGGAGCUGACUAACGUGUUGGAGAUCAGUAACAUUGUGUUCACCAGUAUGUUCACCCUGGAAAUGAUCCUCAAGCUGACCGCCUUUGGCUUCUUCGCCUACCUGAGGAACCCCUACAACAUCUUCGACGGCAUCAUCGUCAUCAUCAGUGUGUGUGAGAUCAUAGGUCAGUCUGAUGGAGGUCUGUCUGUCCUGAGGACCUUCAGACUGUUGAGAGUGAUCAAGCUGGUGCGCUUCAUGCCAGCGCUACGCAGACAGCUGGUGGUGCUGAUGAAGACCAUGGACAACGUGGCCACCUUCUGCAUGCUCCUCAUGCUUUUCAUAUUCAUCUUCAGUAUCCUGGGGAUGCACAUCUUUGGCUGUAAGUUCAGUCUGAAGACAGACACUGGAGACACUGUUCCUGACAGGAAGAACUUUGACUCUCUACUGUGGGCCAUUGUCACUGUGUUUCAGAUUCUGACUCAGGAAGACUGGAACAUGGUGCUGUAUAAUGGAAUGGCCUCCACCUCUCCCUGUGCUGCUCUCUACUUUGUGGCUCUAAUGACCUUUGGCAACUACGUCCUCUUCAACCUGCUGGUGGCCAUCUUGGUAGAGGGCUUUCAGGCUGAGGUCAGACCACAGAUUUUGUAACUUUGAUUAGUCCUCCAUUGUUGGUGAAUUUCCACUCACAGGCUCCAGUUAUACUGUCUGUCAGAGAUACAUGAAUCAUUAAUGAGACAGGCAAGGGUGGUCUCAGUCUCUAGGAUGUGGUAACCUGUUCUGAUUGGAUAGAGCU